AACACUCCUCAUUCGACAGUUCAAAGAACAUAGAGGAAUGAUGCCAUCUCUUCCUCUCCGCAACGCACCUCCACUCUUCCACUUCCUUCCUUCAACCUCCCUCAUCCCCUCCACCCUCUCCUUCAACCACCACCACCCUGCAACCCAAUCACAAGCCAUGUCCUCCUUCUCCUCCUCCUCUCCCCCUUCUCCUUCCACCUCCAACCCACCCAAACAACCACCAAACACCGACGAACACAACCUCUCCGACGUCCUCAAAUACCACAACCAAACCAAGCACGGUUUCAACACCUACGCCAGAGGACCACACGGCCUCGAUUGGGCCAACCAGCCAAACCCAUUUCGCAGGUACCUCUCUUCUCCUCUCCUCUCUCUCGCUUCACCUGAACACCACCACGACGCACCACCCCUUUACUCUUCUCUCUUCCAUUCUCUUCCCCCUCCCAAACCCAUUUCCAAAUCCACCAUUUCUCAGUUCCUAUACGAUUCCCUCGCCCUCUCGGCAUGGAAAACCACUGGCUUCUCCACCUGGUCUCUCAGGGUGAACCCCAGUAGUGGUAAUUUGCACCCAACUGAGGCUUACAUCGUUGCACCCUCCAUUGAAUCGCUCUGUGACUCCCCUUUUGUUGCUCAUUAUGCUCCUAAGGAGCAUGGUUUGGAGCUCAGAGCUCAAAUCCCAUCUGGGUUUUUCCCUAAGUUUUUUCCUCCUGGUUCCUUUCUUGUGGGGUUGUCAUCUAUUUUCUGGCGUGAGGCUUGGAAGUAUGGGGAGCGUGCUUUCAGGUACUGUAACCAUGAUGUAGGCCACGCCAUUGCGGCGGUUGCGAUGGCUGCUGCGAGUCUUGGUUGGGAGGUGAAGCUUUUGGACUCUUUGGGGUGUGAAGAGUUGAAGAGUCUUAUGGGGCUUCAUGUUUUUCCGGAGUUUGAAAUUCCGUCGCGUGCUGUUAAAGGUAAGAUUCCUGAGAUUGAGUUUGAGCAUCCAGAUUGUGUCAUGUUGGUUUAUCCUAGUGGGUUAAGUGGGUUUGAUGUGGAUUAUGAGGAGUUAAGUUCUGCUAUAUUGGAUUUUUCCAAAUUGGAGUGGAAAGGGAAGCCGAAUUCCCUUAGCAAAGAACAUAUUUGCUGGGAUAUUAUUUAUAGAACUGCUGAGGUUGUGAAAAAGCCUUUGACAUUGGAAAAUAGGUUCUUGAUUGAUCCAUUUCAAAGGAGUGGCAGCUAUAGUGAAACUUCAUACAAGGACUUUACUAUGAGGGAAGUUGUUAGGAAGCGUAGAAGUGCUGUUGAUAUGGAUGGAGUUACAACAAUAGAGAGGGACACAUUUUAUCAGAUUCUAUCACAUUGUCUUCCUUCAGGUUGCCGAGAAGGGGGGAAACAGAGCAGUCAGCUCGCAUUGGCAUACCGGGCCCUUCCAUGGGAUGCUGAGGUGCAUGCUGCUUUGUUUGUUCAUAGAGUGGUGGGGUUACCUCAAGGCUUGUAUUUACUGGUGAGAAAUGAAAAUCAUUUUGAUGAGUUGAAGAAAGCAACGCUCCCUGACUUUCUCUGGACCAAACCAGAGGGGUGCCCUGAUGAUCUUCCUCUGUAUGAACUCCUUAGAUCCGAUUGUAGGAUGCUUGCCAAGAAACUUUCAUGCCAUCAGGACAUUGCCAGUGAUGGUUGUUUCAGCCUUGGUAUGUUGGCUCGCAUGGAGCCUACUUUGCGUGAGAAGGAUGUCUGGAUGUAUCCACGUUUAUUUUGGGAGACUGGAGUCCUUGGACAGGUGUUGUACCUGGAAGCCCAUGCCAUUGGAAUCUCAGCAACUGGAAUUGGUUGCUUCUUUGAUGACCCUGUGCAUCAGUUGCUUGGGUUGAAAGGGUCAACCUUCCAGAGCCUCUAUCAUUUUACUGUUGGAGGUCCUGUUUUGGACAAGCGAAUAAUGAGUUUACCAGCGUAUCCAGGACCUAAUGAUGAUGCUUGAUGUUACAUAACGACUUCAAAUUGCCUUUCAAAUGAUAGGGAGACUUACAUAACAGCACGCCUGUCUAAUGAAUCUCUCACAAAAGUGACAAAACACAUAUUUUGAUUGUUACAGCACCUUGUAUAUGUGAAUCUCUCUACAUACUUAAAAUCAUGCCUGCAUAUACAUCUACACAUUCAAUAAUUUAUGAUGAACCUUGUAUAGAAAAUCUGUAAUGGUUAUCUUAGUAAUAGAUAUGGUUUAGCUAUCCUAUCCUAGUUAAAGGACUAGCAAAUGUACUGAUGAAUAAAUCAUACUUCUGUAUAGUUAGCUAGAGAUUUCCGAUCAGUCAGCAUUAAUCAUUACUGAUAUUUUGCUCUUUCUAUAUGAGCUACAUUACUGGCUAAUUUGUAUCUCAACUUCUCACAUUCAAUUUAGUUCUUAGAUUUUCUCUCAUCA